AUGGGCGGAACGUUGGUCUGGGAAAAUGGCAAGUUUGGUUAGUGAGGAAGGGGAAAGAAAAAGACAUUAUGUUAAAAUGAAUUAAUCGUGAACAAUAAGAAUGAAUUGCACAAUGUUUAGUUGAAAGGGCGUUUUUUGAAGAUUUGUCAUUUGAGACGCGAUAUUUAAGCAGAAUAGAAAUGAUGACAAAUCAUUGAACAGUUUUUGGAUAUUGAGAUGUUUGUAGACCUCAAAGAAGGAUCAAAAACAUAAUAUAUUUUGUCAGACAUGGGCCAACUUCAUAGCAAAACACACAAAAACUGAGAAAGUGCAAAUUUCUGCGCCUGUUUUUUUGCAACGGUGAAAAAAUUUACUACGGUACGCAAUUUGUGCAUUUGUGCGUCGCGGUGUUUACACACUAGAUAGUGAUUUCAGCGCAUUUCAGCAAGUUAGAGGCAUUUUUAGAGAAAGCUGAAUAUACCAUCUGAUUCGUCUUGUCGAGAUGAAGCAGGAAAACUAUUUACUUGUUUCUGAAACGCAUUCUCAAAAGAGCUAUAGGCUGAAAACUAAAAUCGAAGCAAAUCAAAGGCGCACACAUUUUUCGAAAGGAUGAGGUCUCGCAGCGAUUUCAGUUUUUCACGUUUUUCUACGUGAAAACCAAAUUUUUAAGACUUCUACUAUACUUAUUCGAAGAGAAGAGAUGAAAUUACGUAUGAAUGUUUCGAAAACUUUCUAGAAUUCCCAGGAGUUAGAACGCGGCGCCGCCAAAUGCAGACCUAUUUUUCGGCGUCAUAUUACUGUAGCGAGAAAUUUUGUUCAGACAAAACAGGCGUGUCUGGGAAAUUUCUCAGCAUCUCCUGGCGUACACUAUUGCGAACGAAAAGUGUAGCUACAUUGUUGUAUGACGCACGCUACAAAGACCGUACGCACAAGCUGCAAAAACGUCUACAAAGAUCCUACACUUUUCCUUUUUGAACGAAAAGCGUACACAUAUUUUCGAAUCGAUUUUUUUCGUUUUUGCGCUGCGAAUUAGGGAAGGUUUAAACGAGAAAAUAUAACAAAUUAUUUAUGUAUCAAUAUACUUUUAAAACACAAAAUCAAUAAUAUAACAAAAAUCAUGAAAACAUAAUAAAAAAAAAGUUAGAAAUUUAAUUUUUUCGAAGAUUUUUUGAAUGUGUUGGUUGUUGAGGGUGUGUUGAGUGGUUGAAGUCGAGGUUGAGGGCCAGAAGUCGGAUGGUGGAGCAUCUUGGCGUUGAUUUUGACGCUGCUUGGAUCAUAUCUUGUAGGUUGUCCCAGUUUUAGCAUUCGGCGUAGGUGUAGGUGUCAAGUGUCAACCUGAAAAAUGGGAUGAUGUUUAAUUUUCUAGUACCUCAUAAUUUUACGUCAUGCAGAAAAAAAUGGCGAGGUUAUAGGCUAUCUCCCCUGGGCUAAAUGCCUAAUAGUUACUAGGUUAUCGGAAGUUGGUCGUCAGUUCUAUUUACAGACCUUCUACUUAUCAUAAUUAUAAGAUGUAGCUCCAAGAAUUUAUCAGCCAACUUUCAGUUAUGUUUGACAGGCCAUUGGCCAGUAGGGUUCCGAAAUCCUAGUCUUCCCGGUAUUUAAGUUAUACUCACCUUCAAAAUCAUCUCCUCGAGCUCGAGGACACCUCCGGAGAAGAUUCUCGUUCCUUUUGCUGCCAUCAUGAUGCAAGUUCUGGGAGUUGUUCGGAUGGUGAUCUGAAAUUCAACAAGUUUCAAUCAAAUUCAGGUGUAAAAACAAUAAUAACGAGAAUAAGAAGACUGAUAACUAUCGAUUAACUCUGAUUCUCAAAGUCUCAUUGAAGAAAAUUCCGUAUUUUUCAAAGAUAUUUGAAGAUUUUUCUUGAAAAAACUAUACUUCUUCUGACCAAAAAGAUUUCUAAUCGCUUCAAUAACCAUACUCAACUUCUAGAAUCCAUGUGGAUGAAAUUCGGCUAUCAUUUCAUCUACUUUAGACGUUUUAAAAAUAAUUUUAGGCCAAAAAGAAAAUAGAAAACAAAAAUAAAAUAAUAGCCGCAACGCAACGCGCUUGCAACGCGGUCCUACAAUGUAGCUACACUCGCGAAAAGUGGCAAGUGUACGAAAAGCGUAGAAAGAGUGUAGGGAAAGCGUACGUUAUCGUGCAAAAAGUAUACGCCAGGAGAUGCUGAGAUUUUCACCAAAAAAAUUGUCGUGGCUGUUUUAGGUGUUUGCGGAAAAUGCACACAGAAUGCGAGCAUACAGUAAUAUUUGUGUGGGCUUGAAAAAUAUAUUUUCUGUAAUUCCUUCAUUCUGUUGACUUGAUUCAUGCUAAUCUCUGGUUCCUUUUUUAUUUUCACAUUUUCAUCCCAUUGCAGAUUUUUAAGUUUUUAGUUUCUGAUCUACGCGCAAAGUUUAUCUACUUUUACCUUUUUGAAAGUAGUUUGAUAUUUUUAAUUUUUUUACAACAAAAAAUAUCGCUUUUGCAGGAACUACCAUGUCAUUUGAAUCAGUAAAACGUGCAAGAUUAGCUUCAGCAACUAUAGAAUCAACGCAAUGGCCUGCAAUACCGCCAGAAAUGAAAGCAAUGGUGAUUGAGAGAAUGGACGUGAAAACUCUUUGCCAGUUUUCUGCUUGCUCCAAAUUGUCCCGCGGUGAAGCCAAAAGAACUGGAAGAUUGAUGAGUGGAAUCGAAAUUGGAAGAGACAUUGUAACGCCGUAUUUGGAAAUCGAACACGGCUCUUAUAAUCCAUAUCGUCUUGAAUUUAUUGUUGUUCCAGAAAGUCCAAUCGAUCAAACUAUGAUAUUUUACAAAACGUAAGUUUCUAGACAAUUAUUUUUUCUGCUCAAAAACAAAAAAAUUACAGUAGAUUCACAACAGUACUGCAAGAAUUCGAAAAAGAUGUAUACAUUACUAGAUGGGUGGACAUUGUUAAUGGAACACCAGAUGAAGUUCGAGCCAAGUUUGUGAUUCUUCAUUGUCAAAAAUACGAAGAUACAAUUCGAAAAAUUGUAUUCAAUGUAAGUUGAGAAAUAAUCCAAUAUUAAGUAUACAUAUAUAUUACAAAUGCAAGUUUCAGGAGAUUUCACCGUAUGGCAUUGAUUUGAGAAGCCUGAAGAAACUCGAGACAAUCGAUCUUGGAUGCAACGACCAAUUUUACGAGGGGAUUGAAAUGAAUCAAGUUUGUUUUGUCGAAAAAGCUUUUCUUCUCACAAUGAAAAAUCUCAUUUCAGUUGCUGAAUGCAAAAACAUUGAAAUCAAUCAAUCGUUUUUUCACGUUUGAUCAGUUCACUCAAUUCAAUGGUUAUGAUAUUAUCAUAAAAAUGGAUAGGUUCAACGAAGAAAUGAUGCUCAACUAUUUGAAUUUAUUGAACACAUCUGAUAUCCAUAAAAAUCUAAAAAGUUGUUGGAUUCAUACUGCGGAUUCGAAUCAUAGAAGACCGUCUGCUGAAUUUUUGAAUGAUUUAUCCAAAAGUUUCAAUAUAAAAUUGGAAGUAGAUAAGGAGUAAGGAAGCCAUCAAUCAUUGAAAAUCAUUCAAAUUGUUUUUUUUUGCAGGGACGAUUUACUGGUUAGGAUUCUCUUCGAUUUUGCAAAAAUACGUAUAUGGUUUUUAAAAUCCUACGUACUAAUUUCGCGCAAAUAAAAUGAAGUUAUGGAUUAAUUAAAUGUCCUAUGACUAAAUAUUUUUAAAGCUUCGCCAAUUGGCACAAUUUUCAUGUAAAAUAAAUAUUUAUGAAUUUUCUUUUAUGUUUAAUUUCAUUGGAAAAUAAGUCUUCAAACUAUUUCAUACCUUUGCUCAAUUUGUUAGCCGAUGUUUAUUUCCCUACGGAAAACAGAGAAGCUCACGUUUUCGUGAAUAUAAAAAAGUAGAAAUGACCACACGAAAACUUCAAAAUGAAAAAAAGUCUAGUCUCAGUUCUUCAGGACUCCAAAACCAUUUACAAAAAAAUUCUAAUUUCACAAGUUGCUUUCGUAUGAUCGUAUUUUUUGAAGUAGGAAUAUUUUUGUCAGAAUUCUUGAGAAAGCUGAAAAAUAUUCCUGAUUGUGCUUCUUCUUUUCUUUAUUUAAACUCAAUGAUUUUCAUGAGAACAUUCUAAAUAAUUGAGCUAAGGUUAUCGAAAUUUGACUCGUGGAUUUUUCCAUAAAUGAAUACAAGUAUUCGAAUAUUUCUCAUUUCCUAAACUUCUGUAAAAUCGAUGAAUAAUCAAGAUAUUUCCAUCUUCUCAGAGAUUCGCUGGCCAGCUCGCCACCAGAUCGCUGCGGCCACCUGGAAACCGCAUGGCCGCCAGGUCGCCUUGAGUUUUCCGGCCACGUGGCCUGUGUGUUUGAAAUUCUGGAAAGCUGGCAAGACAGUGGUUUGUACUCAAAACACUGCAUUUUCUACUGUUUUUUCACUUCCUAAGGUUUCAAGUGCUGCGAAAAAACAGAAAAUGAGCCAAAAUUUUCGAAAAUGCCUCAAUUCACAAGUUUUUCAGACAUUUUCAUGAAAAUUCAUUUUGACGCGGCGAAGUGGCCACCACAUGGUAGCCAUGUGGCCGUGACCUAGCCAGAGCCUGGCCACCUUGCCAGCGAAAAAACCGGGCGACAUGGUUUCCAUGUGGUUCCCAGGUCAGCCAGCCUCCCCACCUGGUGGCGAGCUGGCCAGCGAAUCUCUGAGUUGUUGGCGAGGAGAAAAAUUCAAAAUUCGUGUAUUGCAACAUGUGCGCUCUAGCGAACAUGUUGUUUCGAAUUGCAAAAGGCGCCAUUUUUCCCGUUUACCCGCCAUUUUCAUCUUUUGUUUCUCGACUCGCGCAGUCAGUUUUUCGCCCAGUUAGUCCUAAAUUUUGUUUUCUUGUUGGUGGAGUUGAAGUCAUGAUAUAUUCUUCAGUUUUCAUUGAAUGAGUAAAUAUUUUAGGAUUCCAUAGUAGUAAUUGCGAAAUUCUAAAUAGGUUGAAUAUGACUCAAUCCUAAUCGAUUCCCUAUUUCUCAUUAUUUCUUUUCUCGUCAUUUGCUUUUUUCACAUCUCUUCAUAGAGGUUUUUAGUUUCAGCAUAAUGAGAGAAAUCGUCCAUGUGCAAGCCGGACAAUGCGGAAACCAAAUCGGUUCAAAGUUCUGGGAAGUGAUUUCCGAUGAACAUGGAAUUCAACCAGACGGAACUUUCAAGGGAGAAAGCGAUCUCCAACUCGAGAGAAUCGAUGUUUACUAUAAUGAAGCCAACAGUAAGUUUCUGUCUGCGAAACUGUGGCAUUUAAUAUUCCAUCACUUUAUUCAGAUGGUAAAUACGUUCCACGUGCUGUUCUUGUCGAUCUCGAGCCAGGAACCAUGGACUCUGUCAGAUCUGGCCCAUUCGGACAACUCUUCAGACCAGACAACUUCGUUUUCGGACAAUCUGGAGCAGGAAACAACUGGGCUAAAGGACACUACACAGAAGGAGCUGAACUUGUCGACAAUGUAUUGGAUGUUAUCCGCAAAGAAGCUGAAGGUUGCGAUUGUCUUCAAGGAUUCCAACUCACCCAUUCACUUGGUGGAGGAACUGGAUCUGGAAUGGGAACCCUUUUGAUUUCAAAAAUCAGAGAAGAAUACCCAGACAGAAUCAUGAGUUCUUUCUCUGUUGUUCCAUCGCCAAAGGUCUCUGACACUGUUGUCGAACCUUACAAUGCCACAUUGUCAGUCCAUCAACUUGUCGAGAACACAGAUGAGACUUAUUGUAUUGACAAUGAAGCUCUUUACGACAUCUGCUACAGAACUCUCAAACUCACCAAUCCAACAUACGGGGACUUGAAUCAUCUUGGUAAGUUUUUAACUUUGUUUUCCAAUGCAAUCGAAUAUGUUUUCAGUUUCUCUUACAAUGUCUGGAGUCACCACUUGCCUCCGAUUCCCAGGACAAUUGAAUGCAGAUCUCCGAAAACUUGCUGUUAACAUGGUUCCAUUCCCACGUCUUCACUUCUUCAUGCCUGGUUUCGCUCCAUUGUCUGCCAAGGGAACACAAGCUUAUCGUGCAUUGACAGUCGCUGAAUUGACCCAACAAAUGUUCGACUCAAAGAAUAUGAUGGCUGCAUGUGAUCCAAGACACGGACGUUACUUGACUGUUGCCGCCAUGUUCAGAGGACGCAUGUCAAUGAGAGAAGUUGAUGAGCAAAUGCUCAAUGUUCAAAACAAGAACUCAUCAUAUUUCGUUGAAUGGAUUCCAAACAAUGUCAAGACCGCCGUUUGUGAUAUUCCACCAAAGGGACUCAAAAUGGCUGCAACAUUCGUUGGAAAUUCCACAGCUAUCCAAGAGCUCUUCAAGCGUAUUUCAGAACAAUUCACAGGUAUGUAAUGAACUUACAAGACUCCUGUGAAACAGUAAUUUUCAGCCAUGUUCCGUCGCAAAGCCUUCUUGCAUUGGUACACUGGUGAAGGAAUGGAUGAAAUGGAAUUCACCGAAGCCGAAUCGAACAUGAACGAUUUGAUCUCCGAAUAUCAACAAUAUCAAGAAGCAACCGCUGAAGAUGACGGUGAAGGAUAUGUUGAUGGAGAAGGAGAAACCUAUGAAUCUGAACAAUGA